CCAGGUCGUUCCCUUUUUGCAGUCUCUUUUUCACGUAGUUGCCCAUCUGUUUUUUUUUUUUUGGUUCUGGCCAUCUCCAUGGGUAGCAUCACCAAGUUCGAUACUGCGCAUGAGGAUCUUAUUCACAAUGUAGCCUAUGACUUUUACGGCAAACGGCUCGUUACUUGCUCCUCGGAUCAGCGAUUGAAGGUCUGGGAUUUUGUGGAGCGCGACGAAUCCUCAGCCUGGGAAUUGAACGAUUCGUGGAAGGCUCACGAUGCGUCUAUUCUGAAAGCGAUAUGGGCUCAUCCUGAAUACGGACAGGUUAUUGCAAGCUGCUCGUUUGAUUGUACAGUGAAAAUAUGGGAGGAGCAGAUAUCGGAACCUAAAAUGAGCCAGAAACGAUGGUUUGAAAGAGGUCGAUUAUCGGAAUCCAGUGGCGUGGUAUUAGAUAUUGCAUUUGCACCUAUGCAAGGCGCAUUACGGCUGGCUUCAUGUUCGGCCGAUGGAAUUGUUCGCAUCUACGAGGCACCAGAACCGACGGAUUUAUCACAAUGGUCAGAGGUGGAAGAAUUUGAAAUUUCAACGGCUCAAUACGGAGCGAUGGAUGCGUCCAAAGUUCCAUCGUCCCAAGGCUUUGGAUCAACGGCACAGCAGCAGCAACAGCAACAUCAGGCACUAUCGUAUCAACAACAACAGCAGAAACAAUCCCCCUACCCUUAUCAAGCACUACCACCUCAUCAUCUGACAUCCACAUCUCAGCAGCAGCAGGCCCUGUCGUCGCAGUCAUCCCAUCAUCCUUAUCUUCCGCAACAUCCUUCGUCUAUGCAACCGGCUAACAAUCACAGCACGAGUUCCAGUAACAGUUCGGUAGCCAGCCACACAGCUACCGGUGCUGGGAGCGACGGAGGCAUGUUCGGAUCGCGGAUGACGAAUGCAGGUGGUAUGGGAGGCUACUCGGGCGCCGUGGUACCUGUGAAUCAAGGACAGGGAGUGUCGCCUGGCUCGUCCAUGAUACCGAACCCGGGAUUAAGCCAAUUACAAUCUGGUUCCGGCGUCACCGGAGCUGUGAGCAACGUAUCCAGCAGUUAUCAUCGCACCAUGGAUAUCAAUAGCGGUUACUGUAUUGAUUGGUGUCCCAACCGCACAGCCACUGCCAUGAUGGUCGUAGGUCUUGGUAAAGAAAUCGGGGCAAGGAUAUUCAAACAUGAUGGUCAUAAUCGAUGGUAUCCUGCUGAAUUUCUUCCUGGCCACACACAGGAAGUGCAUGACGUGAGUUGGGCGCCUAGUAUGGCAAGAUCGUAUCAAUUAAUUGCCACUGCGUGCAAGGAUCACUAUGUACGAAUCUACAAGUUGACGGAGCAGCCUUUGGCUGGUACACCCAACGUAGGGACUUCGGGAUCAUCACGAUCGGGAUCAAACCGACAAGGCGGCGGAUUGGGCAGCUCAAGUCGGCUGGGGCAUCGUCCCAUUCAUGUGGAACUGAUAGCUUCCUUCAAUGACCAUAAUGCUGAAGUAUGGCAUGUGGAAUGGAAUGUGACUGGAACUAUUCUUUCGUCUUCCGGUGACGAUGGAAAACUGCGAUUAUGGAAAGCAGGAUAUGACGGCGAAUGGCGAUGUAUGGCUGUCAUCACAGGCAAUCAACAACAGAACGCUCCCACCCAUUCAAUAGGUAUAUAA